AUGGCGGAGUUUCAGCCUAUGGCCGAGCAGCCCUUGGGGCACUACGGGACUCACAACGCUUCAACGGCUCGCGAUGGAAGCUUUGAGAUCUCAUCGCCCUCAGACUUCUUUCUUACCAAUCCCAGAGUCAUCAUCGGCCUCUUCCUCUUCUUCGCCUUCAUGCAAUACCGCAUCUUCACACAGGGAAAGAGCAAACUACCGCCUGGAGUAAGACCGCUUCCAAGACUGCCAGGUGAGACACACAACUAGGGCAUAUCCGAAGAUGUGGAGCUCACAAGCGUGCAGGUCUUCCAUACGCAGGCCGAUUCUGGGACGUUCCUGGACCCGGUAUUGAAUCAGCAUGGCACUUCGGAAACUUGCACAAGAAGAUGGGUCCGAUCUACGAGUGGAAGGUUUGUCAAGACGUGAGAUAUGUGGCCUCGAUAGACUUCUGUCUGACUGUUGCGGCCAGGUGAUGGGCGUCAUCCACAUCUGGAUCGAGACCGACAAGAUCGCGAAGGACCUCUUCGUCACUCGCCAACGGAACUACUGUGACCGAAACGAGCUGCCGGCUGCCAUCGGUGUACGAGAAGGUGCAGAGAUUCUGCCGCUCAUGGGUUACGGCGAGCAGUUCCGACGGUACAAGAACUUCAUGCACCUGAUCAUGAGGAACGCCGCUCCAAAAAUCUUCUACGGCUGGCCGGUGGAGGAGAACAAGCGGACACUGCGACGACUGCUAGAGACGCCCGACCGCUGGUCCGAACAUAUGAUUGUGCACUGCGCACGAACGAUUGCCAGCAUCGCAUGGGCCGAUCCGGAGCAUGGGAGCAAAUUGCUCACCAUCAUUCCCACGAUUCUCAAAGCCGUCUCUCCCGCUGGACCGAUCAUCAACAAGCUGACUUUCUUGGCGAAUCUACCAGAGGCGAUCUCUCCCUACAAGAAGGCCGAAGCCAUCCGCAGACAAGAGAUGACCGACGCAUACAUGGAAGCAUUGGAAGAUGUCAAGAAAAGGGUGCAAGCAGGCGAGGCAGGGACCGACUGUUGGGGUAAGCUGUGGGUUGGAGCCGAGAAGGGAACAGAACAUCUCGACUUCUACGAGGCAGCGCAUGCUAUCGGGUCCAGCUCUUUCGUCGCCAUUGCCACUGUCGGAGGACCUCUGCAUGCUUUCUUCACCGCUAUGUGCCAUUACCCGUCGUGGCAAACGAAGGUCCAAGCCGAAAUCGAUAGUGUCUGCCCCGAUCAACCUCCGACUAUGGCCGACAUGCCAAAGCUGCCAUACCUUCGAGCAACGAUCAAGGAAAUCAUUCGAUGGCGACAAGCAACACCCCUCGGAGUCCCCCAUGUCGCUCUCGAAGACGAUGUAUACGAAGGCUACCUCAUUCCCAAGGGAGCAAUUCUUCACGCAAACCAUUAGUAAGCCACUGUCCAUUUCAUUCUCCGAGUCCUCUCCAACUGACCAUCCAAACAGCCUCAUCUCCCGCGAAGAAACAAUGUACCCAAACGGCAACGAAUUCCUCCCCGAACGCUGGCUCGACCCCUCUUAUCCUACCUACAAAGAACCCUUGACCGAAUUCCCCAACCUCUCCGGCGACCGCGCUUUCGGGUACGGCAACCGCUCCUGUCCCGGCGUAGACCUCACUCAAUGCGAACUCCUCUCCCUCAUCGGCAGCUUGCUCUGGGCGUUCCAAAUCACCAAACCCGAGGGCAGACAUAGCCUCCCCUGGUACGAAACCGCACCAUGGGUCAUCACCAUGAGCAAACCGUUCAAAGCGAAUGUAGUGGUUAGAAGCGAGGCGAAAAGGAAAUGGAUCUUGGAGGAAUGUCCUGGGCAGUCGAAUCUGAUUAAGGAUACGAAGGAAGAAUGCAAGACGAGGUGGGAUGUGUGUCGAAAGGAAGGGGAGGAGAUGUUCGCUUGGGAGGGACUGACGGAACAGGCUGAUACGAGGUGGAAGGAGUAUCCGGAGAAAGUGAGGGAGACGCCGGUUUAG